UGUAAACUAUUCGCUCCGGACUCGCACGAGCGCGCUCACGGGUGCUAUAUGUGCUCCGCGAGACACGCACGCGCCGCCACACCGUUUCUGAUCCUGCUCGCGCGGAAUGUGAUAUAACGCGUGAACGUGUGAGGGCCGGAGGAAACGCGCGCGCGCGCGUGUCGGAGUCGAUUGAAGCACCGGAGUUCCUGCGCGCAUGAGGCCGGUGGAGGGAACGCGCGGGGCCGCGCGCCUGCUCGCGCACCGUCUCGCGCCCUGUCUCGUGUGCUUGCUGCUCGUGGGUGCGCAGGUGCGAGCGGCCAAAUCGACGCGCGCUACAAACACCCAGAGAGACGAUCUGUUCCGCAGAGAGGAUGUCCUGGCGGUUUCGGCCGGCGGACAGAUCCAGAGCCCGCGGUACCCCAACGCGUACCCGCGCAACCUCCUGUUGUCAUGGAAACUGCUGGCCCCGCCUCUCACGCGAUUCCUGCUGGAGUUUGACGGAAAGUUCGGAUUGGAGGAUCCUGAUAACAACAUGUGCAGAUUUGACUUCGUGGAGGUGGACGACGUGUCGGAAGGCAGCAGCAUCACCUGGGGUCGGUGGUGCGGAAGGAAGCCGCCGGGUCCCAUCACGUCCAAAAAUAACCAGAUCAGGAUCACGUUUAAAUCCGACGACUUCUUCGUGGCCAAGCCGGGAUUCAAAGUCUGUUACUCGCUGCUGAUGGUCCCUCCUUCAACCUCUUUAAAUAAUGCCGUCACGACUGGAGUGAGCGACAUCCCCGCCUCUGGCGCUCCUCUAUCGGCUGAUGCGCUGGAUCAUUUCAUCGCGGGGUUCAGCACGGUGGAGGAGAUUCUCAGAGACCUGAACCCCAAUACCUGGAGACAGGACCUAAACUCCAUCUACACACCAAACACCCUCUACAGGCCGCGCACUUUUCAUGCCGACCGGGGGCAAAAGGUUGAUCUGGACCGUCUGCACGAGGAUGUGAAACAGUACAGCUGCACGCCGCGUAACUUCUCUGUGAACAUACGGGAGGAGCUGAGGGCCUCUAACGCAGUGUUUUUCCCACGAUGCCUUCUGGUGAAGCGCUGCGGAGGAAACUGUGCCUGCGGAACCGACAACUGGAACUCCUGCACCUGCAGCGCUGCCAAAACUAUCAGCAAAGUCCACGAGGUGCUGAAGUUCUCUCCAGGGCCAAACUUCUACAGAAAGAAAACCCGAGCUCGAUGGGUUCUAACAGAAAUCCAUCUGCAGCAUCACGAGCGCUGCGAGUGUGUGUGUCAUUCACGGCCGCCGCGAUAAACACACACACACACACACACACACACUCGCAGUACCUUGUUGAUCUUUAUGUAGCCCUUUAUUUGUUUCUCCAGAUUUGUGGUUUUUAUUUCCCCACACAGACUGUUAUUUAUUUCUCUUUUAUAUGGACGUCUCUCGCUAAGCAAUCGGGACCCAGGCGAUCUGACAGCUCUCUCUACCACACACACACACACACACACACACACACACACACACAUAUAUAUAUUGCUUGUCCCCAUGGCACAGGAAGAUGAAAGCCAAAACCAGAGGAGUGUUUUUAGCCACCAACAAAAACAGUACAUUCCCCUCAUACCAACCCCUCCUUACACACACACACACACACACACACACACACACACACCGCUGUGUAUUUGUUUAGAUGAGAGUAUGACUGCUGUAACUGUGUAUGAAGCAUGUAGCUGAUUGAGACACAGUAUGUCAUCUGUACAUGUGUGUGUGUGUGUGUUUGUGUUUGACAUCUACACUGUGUAGCCAAAAGUAUGUGCACACCCUUCGAAAUUAACUCACUCACUGUCUUAACUGCUUAUCCAGUUAGGGUCGCAGGGGGGUGCUGGAGCCUAUCCCGGCUUUUCAAUGGGCGCAAGGCACACAGUAACACCCUGGACGGGGCGCCAGUCCAUCGCAGGGCAGACACACACAUUCACCUAUAGGGUAAUUCAGUGUCUCCAAUUAACCCGACUGCAUGUUUUUGGACUGUGGGAGGAAACCGGAGCUCCCGGAGGAAACCCACGCAGACACGGGGAGAACAUGCAAACUCCACACAGAAAGGACCCGGACCUCCCCGUCUGGGGAUCGAACCCUGGACCUUCUUGCUGUGAGGCGACUGUGCUACCCACCGAGCCACCGUGCCGCCCUUCAGGUGUUUCAGCCACACCCAAUUCACACAGGUGUAUAAAAAUCAGUAAAAACAACAAGUUUGGGGAAGCACCUUUCCUCCUGUUCCAGCAUGAUAUGAUCUGACAAGAGACCUCAACACCACUUGAAAGUUAUUGUCAGCUGGACCGUCUCAUCCAACAUCAGUGCCUGACUGAAUGAGCACAGAUUUCCACAGACACACUCCAAAAUCCUGUGAAAGGCCAUCCCAGAGGAGUGAAGACUGAUUUAACCACAAGGGCUUUGUGUCAGUAGUUUUGCAAUGGGGAUUUCAGCAAGUCUGAGGCCAGGUGUCCACAUACUUUCGGUCAUAUAUAUGAUUCAUGUUUCGCUUGUUCCAAAACCUACAAAUAAUAAACGGAUUCAUUUGGUUUAAUA